UGGGUCAUGAAACUUAGUCCACAGCAAGCCCCAUUAUAUGGCGAUUGUGUUGUUACAAUAUUGCUUGCUGAAGAGGACAAAGUUGAAGAUGAUGCUAUUUUUUACUUGAUAUUUUCUGGCUCUACUCUCUAUCACUGCACAAGUACCCGGAAAGUCAGUUCUGAUACGUUGGAGACAAUUGCUCCUGGUCAUGACUGCUGUGAGACAGUGAAGGUGCUGCUCUGCGCUUCCAAAGAGGGCCUGCCUGUGUUUGUCGUAGCCGAAGAAGACUUCCAUUUCGUCCAGGAUGAGGCGUAUGAUGCAGCUCAGUUCCUGGCAACCAGUGCUGGCAAUCAGCAGGCUCUGAACUUCACCCGUUUCCUUGACCGGUCAGGACCCCCUUCUGGAGAUGUCAACUCUCUGGAUGAGAGGGUCGCCCUGGCGUUCAGACACCUGAAACUGCCCGCGGAGUGGAAUGUGUUAGGGGCAGAUCACACCUUGCACGAUGGUGGCCCCCGGGAAACAUUGAUGCAUUUUGCUGUGCGGCUGGGACUGUUGCGGUUGACAUGGUUCCUGUUACAGAAGCCAGGUGGUCGUGGAGCUCUCAGCAUCCACAACAAGGAAGGGGCAACGCCUGUAAGCCUGGCAUUGGAACGAGGUUAUCAUAAACUCCACCAGCUUCUGACUGAGGAAAAUGCUGGUGAACCAGAUUCCUGGAGCAGUUUAUCCUAUGAAAUCCCUUACGGAGACUGUUCGGUGAGGCACCAUCGAGAAUUGGACGUCUAUACGUUGACUUCUGAAUCUGAAUCACAUCGUGAAUCCCAUGGAGACAGUUGUACUGGACAUAUUUUUAAACUUAUGAAUAUCCAACAGCAGCUAAUGAAAACAAACUUGAAACAGAUGGACAAUCUUAUGCCUUUAAUGGUGACAGCACAAGGUUCUCCCAGUGUGCCCAGUGCACCAGAGCCAGAUGGCCAGUUCCUUUCCGGUGCACCAGAGCCUCCUGACCACCAGCAGCUCUCUUCUGAAGAAACCAAGAGCACUCUGUGCUGCCGAGGGAGUCCUGUGAGGAAGGCUGAAAGGUCCUGUGAUUUGUCAAGUGCGGCUGAGGAGGGAAAUGUAGCCUGUUCUCCUAAGAAUAAAGACGUGGUAGGGAGGAAAGGGGAAGAGGAGGAGCCAGCAUCUGCCGUGGGCUCCAGCUCUGCAUCUCAUCAAGACAGCUGCCUUCAGAGCAUACCCGACUGUGGAUUAAAGGCCACAGAAGGCCUUCCAUCCUGUGGAAACAGAAAUGAAGUAACUGGAACAAAAUAUUCUGGAGUGACCACAGGUCAGCAGCCCCCGAGCAGCCGGGGCAAUGUGCUUCAGGAAGUCAUGGUCACAGAGCCAGGGAGAUGCCAGCAUUCUUCUGGAAGGGAGCUCCUAGACAGAUCUUCAGCAGAUGCUGGUGCCCCAGAGAAUGCAGGGGAACUAGAACCUAGCUCACUGAACCCAAGUGCUACCAUCCAGAAGAGUAAGCAUCAAGUAGGGGAAGGCACAGAGGGAGGAUUUGAGAAUUCUGAUGUCAGCACGGCCGAGGCGUCCGGUGUUCAAGCUUUAGACGAACCUGUGGAGAAAGCCAAUAUUACAAACCAUGUCUUGGCUGCCAGCGCCCUGGGUGCCAACAUGGCUGCUGAGUCUUUGCCUGCCUUGAGUCCUGGAGAAAGCCUCAUUGAGAAAACUGGAACGGAAACUCAGGAGGGAAGUUGUGAGGAGAGAACUGAUGCUCUAAGUGUCCAGAGCUCUCUGGUGUUUCCAGCUGCUGCAAAAGACAAGAUUUCAGGUGGACCAGCACCUGAUACUCCCCUAGCAGGCCUGUGUGAGACACCAUCACCCUUGGCUUUAACCUUUUCUGGGCCAAAACCAGAUGGGAUGCCAAACCAGAAAUCAGAAUCUAAUUCAUGGCAUGCUCCAAGCCAAAACAGCCAGGCGCUGCCCUGUUCUCCAACUGUGGCUGGUACGUCUUGUGCUGAGUCUUCGUGUCAGCAGAACACAGUGACUUCUAGUGGUGAGUUGGUUGUAAAACACUGCUGUGGUGAAGUUAGUCUGCCCGAUAGCACAGUAGUGCAGCCAAACACGCAGGAUCCAUGCACCGCCCUCGGCCCAGAAGACCCACAAGCGGACACAGUCGCUUCUGACACCGUAGAAACUACCCAGGAAUCUGUGGGGGUUUGUCCUCCCUGUGUUCUACAUGCAGAGAGCCAGGGAGAAGAUUUAAAACAAGAUCCACCUUUAACAAAUAUGCUGGAGGGUGUUUCACGUUUGCCUUCAGUUGUCCCCCAAACCGAGAAAGAACAAGUGCCAGAGCGGGUAUCACCACCAGGCAGCAGUUUCUCUCUGGCAAGCAGUCCAGAGAGUGAAUCAGUAACCAAAGAUGACGCACUUUCUCCUGUCCCCUCCCAGAAAGAAAAGGGAACAGCAACUCCUCGGCUCCAUAGAGCUAUAGCUUGUAGAGAUGGCCCAGAUGGAGAUUCAGAUGAUCCUAGUAAGCUAGGAGACGAGGCCACUGGCCUGUCUACACCCUCUGCUGUAGAGCUUCAGCCCAGCAUGGGGAAUACCAGCCCCGUAAGCUUUGGUGGAGAUCACGAGGGCCCCGGGCCAACAUCGACACCCGAAGUUCUGAGCGACUCUUCACUACAAGGUGUGGAUAAAGCUGCUUUGGUCUCUGACUCUCUUCUGCCUGAAGAAGGUGGCAGUCUGGUGGUUCCAGAGAGCUCAGCAGCUCUGGGGCAAGAUGACAAGGAUAAAGCAGUGAGGUGUUCCUCCGUUAAAGAAGACAUGCGUUCUUCAGAAAUGUCAAGGGAAAACGAGCGAACACCACCUCCUGGCCAAGCAAUAGCAAGGUCAUGUGAAAACCCUGUGCCAGCCGUGUGUGCUGGGGAGAAAGCAGCGCAGCCCAGUACCUCACCAGGCACACCCUCUGCCGGUCUGAAAACAGAAACGAAGCACAACAAGGAAGUGGCCCCACAGGUCUCCCCGCCGACUGAAGGUGGGGCUAGAAAGAGCCUGGUGCCACCAACAGCAAGUCUGGCUGCGGAUUCAAAGCAGGAAGCCUCAGAUACAGAGCAGAGCAGUUCAUCUCUGUUGCCAACUCUGCUUCCAGAUGGGUCUGAGGCCCUUCCUUGUAAUCAGCCUUCUGCUCUGGAUGUUGGUGUGGAUACUCAGUUCCAAGAGAAAGCCCAUGCUUGUGAGGUAAGCAGAAAUGUAAUGGAAAAUGUUCCAGUGCCUAAUGCUUUAUCAGCUCCUGCUAAGCCCAGAAGUGAGGAUAUAGCACACCCCGUCAAAGACAGUCCAGUUUCAGAGUUGUUUAACCAAGAGAAGAAAAUGACUCCAUGUCUGCCAGAAGCUUUACUGGACAAAGGUGUCACUGGCUCACAGGAAGUCAUAACCCCAGAGAUAGUGCCACUUGAUUGCAAGGGAGAAAAACUGGAGGGAACAGACCUCAGCUGUGCCAUGAGUAACUCUAAAGAAGCCCCAAAUGAUGAAGAAACAACGCAGCCUCUUGCCAGGGACCUCCCCACAGAUACAGGACCCUCAGCUCUCAAUGACAGUGUCCUCCCAGCUGACAUGAAGCGUGUCACACAGACCUCAGUCCAGGGAGAGGAAAGGAAUGCCACCUCUCUACCUGGAACCCAAGCUGCACCUGUGCCUACGGGGGCAGACCCCAUAGAGGAGACCGCCACUCGGAUAGUGAAGGCUGUCAUCGAGCGAGUCAGGGCCUCCAACACGCUGUUGACUAAAGGAAAACUCAGUAAUCCAUCACUGUCCAUCCCAGAGACUGAGCAGCUGCAGAACGUUUGCACAGAGAGUACAUGUGCUUUCCUACCUGGGGAGACCCUGCCAGUGGGUAAUACUCGUGCAGAAACCACUGGGAACUGUGUUGUUGAAACAGAGGAAUCAGAGAAAAUGGUUCCACCUGUCGACAGGCCUGAGCCAGCACCAGAAAUGCCAGACACUAAAGCUGAAGAUGAAGUGGAUUUUCUGAGUAAAACCAGAGCUCCUUCUGAGGAGGAGGCUGUAGGAAAUGGAACUACCACACCCAAGACGAAGCAAGGCCCUGGGACCCAGGCGAUCAACCGAGAAAGCUGGUGUACCAUAGAGCCAUGCCCUGAAGCAGCAUCUCUUCUGGCUUCCAAACAGAGCUCAGAAUGUGAAAGCUUCUUAGAUGUUGGACUGGGCACCGAGUGUGCCUCAAAAGAAGGUGUGCUUCAGAGAGGCUCAGGGAGUGAUUCUGACCUCUUCCACUCACCCAGUGACGAAAUGGACAGCAUCAUCUUCUCCAAGCCUGAGGAAGAGCAGUUGCUUUGUGAUACCACCGGAUCCAGUUCCUCUACAGAUGACACAGCUUCCCUGGACCGACAUUCUUCUCAUGGCAGUGAUGUGUCCCUUCCUCAGAUGUCAAAGUUAAGUAGGUCCAGAAAUCAUCAACGCUCUGAUGGCUUUCUUAGCCAUGGAGUGGGACCUGAGCGUCGAGAGAGUGAGAGUGAGCCUAUUGGCCCUGGUGAAAUGGAAGAGGAGGAAAUGGACAGCAUCACUGAAGUGCCUGCAAAUUGCUCCUUUCUGAGGAACUCCAUGCGUUCUCUUUCCCCUUUCCGGAGACAUAGCUGGGGUCCUGGGAAGAACGCAGCCAGCGAUGCAGAUAUGAACCAGCGGAGUUCAAUGCAAGUUCUUGGGGAUGUUGUCAGGAGACCUCCCAUUCAUAGGAGAAGUAUGAGCUGGUGUCCCUCUGGUGUGCAGUACUCGGCUGCUCUGAAUGCUGACUUUAAUUUCAGAAGUUUCAGUCUGGAAGGCUUGACAGGAGAAGCUGGUGGUGGAAAUAAGCCAUCUUCGUCUCUAGAAAUGAGCUCUGCAAACUCCAGCCAGCUCAGAAACCCUUUCAGUGGUGAGGAACAGAGGGAUUCUCUGAUGUCACUUUCAGAAGAACAUCUGGAGCCGGACCAGAGACAUCAUCAUAGGAUGUUUGAUCAGCAGACAUCUCACAGGUCUAAACAACAGGGAUUUAAUUACUGUACAUCAGCCAUUUCUUCUCCAUUGACAAAAUCCAUCUCAUUAAUGACAAUUAGUCAUCCUGGAUUGGACAAUGCACGGCCUUUCCACAGUACCAGUGCUAACCUGACCGAGAGUAUAACAGAAGAAAACUAUAAUUUCCUGCCUCCGAGCCCCUCAAAAAAGGAUUUUGAAGGCAAGAGUGGGACGAAAGUUAGUCGCACCUUCAGCUACAUCAAGAAUAAAAUGUCCAGCAGCAAGAAGAGCAAAGAAAAGGAAAGGGAGAAAGAUAAAAUUAAGGAGAAAGAGAAAGAAUCUAAAGAGAAGGAUAAAGAGAAGAAGACUCUUAACGGGCACACGUUCAGUCCCAUUCCUGUUGUGGGUCCCAUCAGCUGCAGCCAGUGCAUGAAGCCUUUCACCAACAAAGACGCCUACACUUGUGCAAGUUGUAGUGCUUUUGUCCACAAAGGCUGCAGAGAAAAUCUAGCCUCCUGUGCAAAGGUCAAAAUGAAGCAGCCGAAAGGGAGCCUCCAGGCACAUGACACAUCGUCGCUGCCCACGGUCAUCAUGAGAAGCAAGUCUUCACAGCCCAAGGAGCGCCCUAGGUCUGCAGUCCUUUUGCCUGAUGAGGCCACUGCUAUACCAUUGUUUACUAACAGACGGUCCCAGCAGAGUGUCUCCCUCUCUAAAAGUGUUUCCAUACAGAACAUCACUGGAGUUGGCAAUGAUGAGAACAUGUCAAACACCUGGAAAUUUCUGUCUCAUUCAACAGACUCACUGAAUAAAAUCUGCAAGGUCAAUGAGUCAACAGAAUCACUUACUGAUGAGGGAGUAGGUACAGACAUGAAUGAAGGACAGCUGAUGGGAGACUUUGAAAGUGACUCUAAACAGCUGGAAGCAGAGUCCUGGAGCCGGACGGUAGACAGCAAGUUCCUUAAACAGCAGAAGAAAGAUGUGGUCAAACGGCAGGAGGUGAUUUACGAGCUGAUGCAGACAGAGUUACAUCACAUUCGCACACUCAAGAUCAUGAGUGAUGUGUACAGCCGGGGGAUGAUGACGGAUCUGCUCUUUGAGCAGCAAAUGGUGGAAAAGCUGUUUCCUUGUUUGGAUGACCUGAUCAGCAUCCAUAGCCAGUUCUUCCAGAGGAUUCUGGAGCGGAAGAAGGAGUCUCUGGUAGACAAAAGUGAAAAGAACUUCCUUGUCAAGAGGAUAGGGGAUGUGCUUGUCAAUCAGUUUUCAGGUGAGAAUGCAGAGCGUUUAAAGAAGACAUAUGGCAAGUUCUGUGGACAGCACAACCAGUCUGUCAACUACUUCAAAGACCUCUACACAAAGGAUAAGCGUUUCCAAGCCUUCGUGAAGAAGAAGAUGAGCAGUUCGGUAGUAAGAAGGCUCGGAAUCCCAGAGUGCAUAUUACUUGUAACCCAGAGGAUCACCAAGUACCCAGUUCUAUUCCAAAGGAUACUGCAGUGUACCAAAGACAAUGAAGUGGAGCAGGAAGACCUGACUCAGUCCUUGAGCCUGGUGAAGGAUGUGAUUGGAGCCGUGGACAGCAAAGUGGCAAGUUAUGAGAAGAAAGUCCGUCUCGGUGAGAUUUACACGAAGACCGAUAGCAAGUCGAUCAUGAGGAUGAAAAGUGGGCAGAUGUUCGCCAAGGAGGAUCUGAAACGGAAGAAGCUGGUGCGGGAUGGGAGUGUGUUUCUGAAGAGUGCAACUGGAAGGCUGAAAGAGGUUCAAGCAGUUCUCCUCACUGACAUUUUAGUUUUCCUUCAAGAAAAAGACCAGAAAUAUGUAUUUGCAUCAUUGGACCAUAAGUCAACUGUGAUCUCCUUAAAGAAGCUGAUUGUAAGAGAAGUGGCACAUGAGGAGAAAGGUCUGUUCCUCAUCAGUAUGGGGGUGAAAGAUCCAGAGAUGGUGGAGGUCCACGCCAGCUCCAGAGAGGAGCGGAAUAGCUGGAUUCACAGCAUUCAGGAUACAAUCAACUCCCUGAACAGAGAUGAAGAUGAAGGGAUUCCUAGUGAGAAUGAAGAAGAAAAGAAAUUGUUGGAUACCAAAGCCCGGGAGCUAAAAGAACAACUUCAACAGAAGGACCAGCAGAUCCUCCUCUUGCUGGAGGAGAAGGAGAUGAUUUUCCGGGACAUGACAGAGUGCAGCACUCCCUUGCCCAAGGAUUGCUCCCCAACGCACAGCCCGAGAGUCCUCUUCCGCUCCAACACAGAGGAGGCUCUCAAAGGAGGGCCGCUGAUGAAAAGUGCAAUAAAUGAAGUGGAGAUCCUCCAGGGUUUGGUGAGUGGAAGUCUUGGUGGCACACUCGGACAGUCCGUCAGCAGCCCUGUUGAGCAGGAAGUCAUGGCUGGCCCCAUUUCCUUGCCCCGGAGAGCAGAGACCUUUGGAGGAUUUGACUGUCAUCAGAUGAAUGCUUCCAAAGGAGGGGAGAAGGAAGAGGGUGACGACGGCCAAGAUCUUAGGAGAACAGAAUCAGACAGUGGUCUGAAAAAGGGUGGAAAUGCUAACCUGGUAUUUAUGCUUAAAAGAAACAGUGAGCAGGUUGUCCGGAGCAUUGUUCACCUCCACGAACUCCUGAGCAUGCUGCAGGGUGUUGUGCUACAACAGGAUAGCUACAUUGAGGACCAGAAGCUGGUGCUGACAGAGAGGGUCCUGACAAGGAGUGCGUCUCGCCCCAGCUCUCUCAUUGAGCAGGAGAAGCAGCGGAGCCUGGAGAAGCAGCGCCAGGACCUGGCCAACCUGCAGAAGCAGCAGGCCCAGCACCUGGAGGAAAAGCGCCGCCGUGAGCGGGAGUGGGAGGCCCGGGAGCAGGAGCUAAGAGACCGCGAGGCCAAGCUGGCCGAGCGGGAGGAGACGGUCCGCCGUAGACAGCAGGACCUGGAGAGGGACCGGGAAGAGCUGCAGCAGAAGAAGGGCACUUACCAGUGUGAUCUGGAGAGGCUCCGGGCUGCCCAGAAACAGCUGGAGAGAGAACAGGAGCAGCUGAAGCGGGAUGCAGAGCGGCUCAGCCAGAGGCAGAUGGAUCAGGACCUUUGCCAGGUUUCGAAUAAACAUGCCAAGCUGAUGCGAGUCCCGUCCUUCUUGCCCAAUCCGGAUGAGUUCUCCUUGCCAUCUGCCCCUUCCAUAACCAAAUCAGGGUCACUGGACUCAGAACUCUUGGUGUCUCCUAAAAGGAACAGCAUCUCUCGGACACACAAAGAUAAGGGGUCUUUUCAUAUACUGAGUUCAACGAGCCAGACAAAAGUACCAGAGGGGCAGAGCCAGGCCCCACCCAGCACCUCCACUUCCACCCGUCUUUUUGGGUUAGCUAAGCCAAAGGAGAAGAAGGAGAAGAAAAAGAAGAGCAAAGGAGGCCGCUCUCAGCCUGGUGAUGGUCCUGCUUCGGAAGUGUCAGCCGAGGGUGAAGAGAUCUUCUGUUGACCCGAUUCCUGACUCUGCCAGGGCAGCCACCUUCCAACCCUGACCCGACAGCGGUGUGGCUGCGGCACUCGUGCUGCCCCUGAGCACGAGUCUCUUACACUGGACGCCCACUGCCCCUCAGCGUCCAGUCCUCCUGAGCUAUCCCAGGUCCUGGGCAAGACACUGAAACAGCUGCGUGUCGGGGUGGAGAAGGACGCCCGGACUCCACUUCCGCCGUGAUCCGUGACUGCCCGGGACUUGGGUGGGCCUGGCCUUACUCAGGGUGUUCCACGGAAAGUAGUGGCCCUAGACGUAGGAAGUAGUUUGAGACGUGUCAGGAUUCCCUAGAGGCUCCAAGCGUUUCUCCAAGUGAGGUCUGAAACCCUGCCUUGUCUUUGGGGGAAUACAACCAGAACCCAAGAGCAGGUAGUGUAGACUUCAUCUGCAUACAGUGACCAUCUGCAUGUCCACACGGAGUACGCCAGCUGUGUACUCAUCAGGAUAGCCUAGGCCAAGAGCAAGCGCCUGACUGGCCAGGUGGCAUGUGGAGAUACAGUAUUUCACCCUGCGGUCCUCCGAGAUCGGGUCCCUUGAAACAGCCCCUGCGCACACACCACCCCUCUUUGUAUGUGUCCCUCAUUUUAUUUUAGGAAGAACAACAGGAUGUUUGUGGAACCAGCGAGAGGCCUGAUGUGUACAAAAAACAGGUAGUCUACACCACCUGGAUCUCUAUUCUAGGCUGACUAACUAUCUCACACUUCAUAUUCAAAUCAGGAAGAAACAUCCUGCUGUCCUAGGUGCCUGUCGAAAUGCUCUGGGCACAGAGGAAGUAGAGAGGACUCGUCACCACUGUCCUCAGUAUGACACUUUCCAGUUGUUACUGGACCUUCCUGUGGGAAAGCAUGCACCCUGUUGGUGCUCCCAGCCCCCUGCCCAGGACUAGUCUGUCCCCUGAGGCCUCUCCAUGCCCUGCUUUAGGAUUACUGGCUGAAAAGUAGAUUCAGGUGCAGGAGUUAAGUCUGUCUGGUGGUUUUGCCAAUACAGACAGGGGAGCUGGCCCUGAAGCGUGGCUGGGUGCCCUCUCUUCGGUCACGAGGCCUCCUCAUAGACGGUUUUCAGAUGCAGUCUGCUUGGUUGUGCUCUCACCUUGAAGCCUGACUCUCCUCUCGCCCUCCAUCUCCAUGUGUUGAUCUCUGCAUGCUUGAGGCUUUCACCAGCUCGUGUGUGCAGGACAGUUCAUUGGUAACGGACCCUCGAAGGCUCACGUACCUGUCCCUCGGGGUACUCCCCGUGAGGGG